AUGAAAGAUACUUCAUUAACUCCAGAUUCGACUAUAAUUGGUGAUGUUGCAUUUGAGAAUGUCAGCUUUAUGUAUCCAUCUCGAGACACAACACCCGUUUUACGUAAUAUCAAUCUAGUUGCACGUGCCAAUGAAACAACGGCUCUUGUUGGUUCAAGUGGUUGUGGAAAAAGUACAUGUAUAUCACUUCUUCUUCGUUACUAUGAACCUUUAUUAGGUCGAGUUACGAUUAAUGGUAGACCAAUUACAGAUUUUAAUAUUAAACAAUUUCGACAAAAUAUUGGAAUUGUUAGUCAAGAACCUAUAUUGUUUGGAAUGAAUAUUUAUGAAAAUAUUCGUCUUGGUAAAUUAAAUGCAACACGUGCAGAAAUUGAAGAAGCAGCACGACAAGCUAAUGCACAUAAUUUCAUUAUGAAAUUACCGAAUAAAUAUGAAACACUUGUUGGUGAACGUGGUGUACAAUUGAGUGGUGGUGAAAAACAACGUGUUGCAUUAGCUCGUGCACUUGUCAAACAGCCCAGCAUUCUUUUAUUAGAUGAGGCAACAAGUGCACUUGAUAAUGUUAGUGAGAAAAUUGUUCAAGAAGCACUUGAUCGAGCAUGCAAAAAUCGUACAACUAUCAUUGUUGCUCAUCGUUUAACUACUAUUCAAAAUGCUGAUAAAAUAUAUGUGUUAGAUAAAGGAAAUGUCAUCGAAGAAGGUACACAUGAAACAUUAAUGGCAAAAGAAGAUGGUAGAUAUCGAACAUUAGUUAAAAGUCAACAAACAGAAGGUGAACCUGAUGAUACUGAUCAAAUAUCUAUGGCAACAGCAGUAGCUGAAGAGGAAAAACGAAGGACGGAACGUGUUCGUGCAUUUAGUGAAGGUGAAGCUAUUGAUGUCACUAGAAAAGGUUCAAUAUCAUCAAAUAAACGAUCUCCUUUUGUAAGAUUAUUGUUAAUGAAUAAAACCGAAUGGAUCAAUAUUGUAAUCGGUUGUAUAGCAUGUAUAAUAGAAGCAUUGGGUCAACCAGUGUUCGCUGCUCUACUAGCGAAAAUAGUUAAAGCAUUUAAAAGUUGUGAUAAUACUAAUCCACAUCAUCAAGUAUUUAUUUUAUGUGUUUUCUUUAUAUUGUUGGGUCUUGUCAUAUUGGUGAUUCGAUUCGUUCAAUAUACUGCUUUUGCUAUAUCAGGAUCGAAAUUAACACAUCGUAUUCGUGCAAAAGCAUUUAAAUGUCUUCUUCGUCAAGAAGUUGCUUAUUUUGAUCGACCUGAAAAUACUUCUGGUGCUAUUAGUACUCGUCUAUCUUCUGAAGCCGCAGACGUUCAAGAAUUAGCUGGAACAAGAUUAGGUGUUUUAUGUGAAUCUUUAGCUUUAGCUUUCUUUGGUUUAUUAUUUGGUGUUAUCUUCAGUAUACAAUUAACAUUGGUUGUCCUUGCCUUUCUUCUUUUUCCAGGUCUUAUUGCUAUUGCUAAAAUGCAAUUGAGUAGAUGGUUAAAAACACAACUCAAUAUUGUUAUUGAACGAUCAAGCACACUUUCUGUUGAAGUUCUUCAUAAUAUACGUACAGUAAAACAAUUAUCAAUAGAAGAUGAAGUUUUUCGACGAUAUUCUAAAGAUCGAGAUGACAUAAUGGGACUAUUCUGGCAACCUGCAAUAUUAGCUGCAGCAAUGUUUGGCUUAUUUUGGGCAAUAGAUCCAUUAAUUAUAGCAUGUUUAUAUUGGCGUGCACUUGUUCUAGUUGAACAGCAUGUACUAGAUCCAAACAAAAUUAUAAUGGUUUUUGCAUUUGCUACAUUUGCAUUACAAUCAUUGAAAAUUGUUGGCAUGCUUGCUGAACGUCUUGGAUUUUCAAUGUCAGCUGCUGAUACAUUCUUUGAAUUAUUUGAUCGAACACCAGAGAUUGACAAUAUAUCUACUAAAGGAAAAGAAUUGCCUGACUUUCGUGGUGAUAUUGAAUUCGAACAAGUCAAAUUUGUCUAUCCAACUCGACCAACAACUCUUGUUCUUAAUAAACUUCGAUUAUCCGCUAAAUCAGGUCAACGUGUGGCACUUGUUGGUACAUCGGGAUGUGGAAAAUCAACAACUAUUCAAUUGUUAGAACGAUUCUAUGAUUCUUCGCAAGGUCGAGUGUUACUUGAUGGUGUUGAUAUUCGAGAAUUAAAUCUUCAAUGGCUUCGUUCACGUAUUGGUCUUGUUAGUCAAGAACCAAUUUUAUUUGAUUUAACAAUUGCUGAAAAUAUAACAUAUGGAUUAGAAAAUAUUCCAAUGUCAGAGAUUAUUGAUGCAGCAAUUAAAGCUAAUAUUCAUCAGUUUAUUAAUCAAUUGCCUCAGGCUUAUGAUACCAGAGUAGGAAUGAAAGGUAGUUUUCUAUCGGGUGGUGAAAAACAACGUAUUGCUAUUGCUCGAGUCCUUCUUCGUCGACCUAAAAUAUUGUUAUUAGAUGAAGCUACAAGUGCUAUGGAUUCGUACAAUGAACAAAUUGUUCAACAGGCACUUGAACAAGCUCAAACAGAAGAUCCUACUCGAACAUCACUUAUUAUUGCACAUCGUUUAUCGACUAUUCGUUCAUGUGAUUUAAUUUGUGUACUUGAAAGAGGACGCAUUGUAGAAAGUGGCACACAUACAGAUUUAAUACAACAACGUGGAAUCUAUUAUGGUCUAUUGUCCCAAAAUACUGCAUAA